UUUGCCCCCUUGCUUCUCACUCUUGGCUACAUGGUGAGCGUUGCGUACGGGGAACUGCCCACCGAGUGGCGUCCACGUGAGAGCUGCCGUGCGGAACUGGCGGAGAUCAUUGUAUGCCAAGGUGCUGGCAAUUCACCGGAGGAGUAUGGCGGGGCAGAGGGCAUCUACAACUCUCUGUAUGGUUAUGAGGGCGCAGAGGAAGGGUUGCUCUACUCCGCAGAGGUGGAGCUCAUGUGCGACCAGGCGUGCAGCAUGCUGGAGGUGCGGGGCUCGCGCCUCAACCUGACAGGGCUGGGGUACCUGUCAUGCAGUCUCACACCGAUGGAUGAGAAUACAACAUCCUGCCCACGGGGUCAACUUCCAGGACGCCAUCUUCCAGAACCCGUAGAGAACCGCCGUACGUUCUCCAGCCUGUUCCAGUUCUCCAACUGCUCCCACACGGACAACCCCUCCAGACCUUCUCCCAGAGUGGGACCCCAGGAGGACAGCAGGCUCCUGUGCUCCUCGGUGCAGGGGGCUCUGUUCGAGGAGGAGGAGAAGAGCAGGAAGCAGCAGGAGCGCCUGGGCCAGCUGGAGAGGAGGAACAGGCAGCUGAAGGAGCGCGUCCGGAAGGUGAAGCGCUCCCUCCGGAACGCCAGGAAGAGCCAGCGCCGGGCGGAGCAGGAGAGGCAAGGGCUGGAGGAGAGGCUGAGGUCAGCGGAGAGACGGGCUGGGCACCACCUCAAUUCCAUCACACAGGAGGCUACGCCCAACAGAUACCAGGAGGCUGUGUUACACCGCACGCCACACACACCGCUUUAGCCUCUAGACUGGAUGUUGUUAAAGACUGCUGGGCAGUCUCUCUAAUUUCUGUUGUUCACAGGCACGCAAGCAUGCACCCACACACACACAAUACUAAUUUAGUGUCAUAUUCAGCCAUAUAUACUGUAGUUCCUACACACAUUACAUAGAGAGGGCAUCCAGUAGCCCUCGAAUAGCAGACAGAGGGAAUUAGUAUUAGUGAAUGACUAGAGAGAAUGAGAGAGAUAUUGUAUAGUUCCUAUUAAUACACAGCACUGUCAGCACUAUCAUACAGCACUAUCAUACAGCUGAUGGAUAGACAGAUGAAAUGAAUUUAGAGUGAGUAUAUGAUGAGUGAAUGACUAGAGUGAAUGAAGAAAGUGAGGUUACUUUCUGGUAGGUCUGUGGGCAUUUGUUCCAUGUGUUUGUCUGUUGCUGUCCUAGUGUCAACACCACCAAAGAGUAUGUCCAUGAGGCAUUGGGAUCAUUAUAUAUGAAUGUAUUACUGAAGCUGCAUAUAAACUCUAAUCAGGCAUUA